GUCUCGGGUUGAACGUCCACCCUGGAAUGCAUCCCCUUAACCCGGUGCACCCGCCUUCUCGACACCGCCCCGAAGGAGACCCCGCGGGCCUCGAAGGCACCGAAAAUGGACACGACAGCCGCCGAGACAUUGGCGAUAUCCUGCAACAGAUCAUGACGAUUACCGACCAAAGUUUAGACGAAGCGCAAUCAAAGUCUUUCCAUGAGAAAUGCUCAGGAGGAGGAGCCUCCAGACCCACAGCUCGUGCGAUUGGACAACAUGCUGCUGGCCGAAGGUGUGGCCGGUCCAGAGAAGGGGGGCGGAGCCGCCGCCGCGGUCUCUGCCGCGACCAGCUCUGGCGGGAUGUCACCUGACAGCUCACUGGAGCACUCCGACUAUAAAAGCAAGUUGAGCCAAAUUCGGAACAUUUACCACACAGAGAUGGAAAAAUACGAACAGGCCUGCAGUGAGUUCACUACCCAUGUUAUGAACCUGCUGAGGGAGCAGUCUCGCACCCGGCCCGUGUCUCCGCGUGAGAUCGAGCGCAUGGUGGCCAUCAUCCACCGCAAGUUCAGCUCCAUUCAGACGCAGCUCAAACAGAGUACCUGUGAAGCGGUCAUGAUACUGCGCUCACGCUUUCUGGAUGCCAGGCGUAAACGGCGUAAUUUUAGUAAACAGGCCACAGAGGUCCUGAACGAGUAUUUCUACUCGCAUCUCUCGAACCCUUACCCGAGCGAGGAGGCCAAAGAAGAGCUGGCCAAGCAGUGCAGUAUCACUAUGUCUCAGGUGUCCAACUGGUUUGGCAACAAGAGGAUUCGCUAUAAGAAGAACAUUGGGAAGUUCCAGGAAGAGGCCAAUCUGUAUGCCAUGAAGACGGCCUUAGGGGCGACACAGAGCGAGGAAUCACCCCACACUCCAAACUCCACUGGCUCAGGAUCGUUCUCGCUGUCAGGGUCAGCCGACUGCUUCCUAGGAGUUCCUCCAAUGGACGGAGAGCAGCCUCCCUAUCACAUGGGGGCUCAGACUAAUGGUAGCUGGCAGGAGCAGAACACGCCACCCUCCGCCGCUUCACCCGGCAGCGAUCACUCCGACAACUCGGACUGAUGAGCUCCUUCCGCUGGCGUCCCGCUCCGAUACCGGAGGACACACCAAAUGACGAAAGAAUGAUGGUCACUCUUCUACCCAAAUGCAGUUUUAGUUUUGUUUUUAAGAAGCUCAUUAUCAGACUUGACAUGAAACACGAGCAGAGAUUUUCCGUCUAAACCAUUCAUAAAGCUGUUCUAAUGACAAUUGUCGUAUUCCAUUCAAUACGGUAAUUUACCUAAGAAUGGGUCUCAUUCAUGAAGCAUGAUGUAAAUUGUUUGUAAAAUCUUAAUUUUUUUUGCAUUC